UCAUCAUGCUUUCUGUUCGUGACCUGCAGGAGGGGGCUGCUGACGCCAGCUCCCAGCAGCUUGAUCGGCUCAACCACAAUAAAAGGUGGAUGGAGUCCUCGUUUCAUCCGAACCACACACAGAACUCCUGCUGCAGACUUCAGCUCAGACUCCGGGGGAAUCAUAUCAAAGAUGCAGAGGUGCUUUGGGAUGUUCUGCGUGUCGCUCAUUUUGUGCGCAGCUCUGUCUGAGACCGUCGGGCUGGUCAUUGCGGCAAAAGAGAAGCGCGGCUGGACCCUGAACAGUGCUGGCUACCUGUUGGGUCCUCGUCGUAUUGAUCACCUAAUUCAGAUAAAGGAUUCUCCCAGUGCCAGAGGCAGAGACGAGCUGGUCAAUCAAUAUGGAAUAGAUGGACACAGGACACUAGGAGACAAGCCAGGCCUGGCUGGCAAGAGGGACAUGGGCCAGGAAGAAGAAUUCAGAACAGGUGUCCUGAGAUUAGCAGAUGAAGAUAUCAUUCAUACUGUGAUUGACUUCCUGUCAUACCUCAAACUUAAAGAGAUGGGAGCCUUGGACAGCCUGCCUUCCUCUGUGACAUCAGAUGAACUGGCCAGUGUCUAAUGUGUCCACCUGCCUGCUGUUCAUCCCCCUUCGACCCAAGUCUCCCAUGGCCCUAAAUCUCAACCUUACUGUAGCUCCAUUCACACGUUGACACUGGAUUUGUCCUGGUACCCAAGAUCACAUUCUUUAACUCUUUGUGACAGAAAUAGAUUUCUUUCAAUUGAAAUAUCAAGAUCUUUCUGCUUUUUCUGUAAAUAAAACUUUAUCUCUACUGAAGGUCAGCGAGUGUCUACUGGCUGUAGGCAGAUCUAGGUAAUGUGGACCACUGAUCAGAAUUAUUAUGAUCUAAAUAUAGUAUUUGAUUUAAGAGAAUGAAGUGAAAUAAACAAAUGGCACUGAACACACUGGAUAACUUGAAUUUAUUUCUUCCCAUCCCACAUUCACAGUGUUUACUGAGGGGGGGGGGAAGUAAAAUACAUGCUUCACUUUGUUUAAUAUACAGUAAAAUGUCUGACUUUCUAGUCAAAAACAGAUCAGUGUCAGUUUAUCUUUGCUAGAGUUAGCCAAAAUAUAUCAAAAUUUCACUUCCUGUUGCCAUAAAACAUUUGCUAAACUAUAACUCAUCAGUGGCUUGCAAUAUAAUUUAACCAAACCUGGGGGAUUUGUGCACCCAAGGGUCCUAAAUGAGUGUGCUGAAUUUCAUAUAACUGUGCCAAUAGUGGGCGCUACAGUGGACGCCAAUGACUACCUAACUAGAUAUUUUUGCCAUUGUUUCAUGUAGGAGGGUCAUUCAAAGACA